AUGAGGCAAAGACGCAGUCGUCAUCGAGCCCGUCUGUACCGUCACCAGGAUCAACUAAUCGUGUUGCAGCUCGACUCCUUCGAGGAUAUCGCGUGGCUUGCUGUCGCCUUCAUCGUGGCUACGACGGCUGUCAACCUCUUCUAUGACCAGCUGUAUUCCCAUCUGAAGCCCAAGUGGUUGUACAUCGCCAGCGUCCCUGUCUUCGAAGCGGGUAGUGCUCUCUGCGGUGCGGCGCCGAAUAUUAACAGCCUCAUCGUCGGGCGAGCACUGUGCGGUCUGGGCGGUGUUGGUAUGUAUCUCGGGGUCAUGGUCCUCAUCGCAGCGACCACGACGAUUCAGGAGCGGCCUACCUGGGCCUUCCAUAUCAACCUUCCCAUCGGCGGCCUAGCCGCACCGCGACUCGCCGAGAUCGACUGGAUCGGUGCUCCGCUGAUGCUCGGCACCAUCGUCUGCUUCACCAUGGGCACCUCGUUCGGAGGUGUCCUGUAUGAAUGGGACUCCAGCUCCGAGAUAGCGCUCUUCGUCGUCGCCGGCGUCCUGUUCAUCGUCUUCGGCAUCCAGCAGGUGCACUGCAUCGGCACAACCAAAGAGCGGCGCAUCUUCCCAGUCGAGUUCAUCGCCUCCCGCAACGCCAUCGACGCGGCUGUCCGCCUGCUCUCGUUCAGCCUGGUCAUGAUGACCGUGACCCUAACGCAGGGCGGCAUGCUGUCCCAUCUGUCCGGAAAGUUCGGGCUGUACAUGCCAUGGUUCACCGUCGGCGGCAUCAUUUGUGUCGUUGCUUCCACGUUGAUGUACGUCGUCAAGACUGACACCAGCACGGCCUGGAUCUACGGGGCCUCAGCCAUGCUCGGUGCCGGCUUGGGAAGUAUCACGCAAGCGGGCUUCUCGAUUGCCCAGGCCAGCGUGCCAGCUUCCAAAGCUGCUGUUGCGUCCUCUCCGAUUGCCUUGGUGCAGACGAGCGGUAUCAACAUCGCGCUGGCGGUCAGUAAUGCUGUGGUUCUGAACAGAACUGAGAAGCGGCCGACUGCGAUUCUGCCGGAUGCUGUCACAGAGGACCAGGUUCAGGCUGCGAUUGCUGGUGUCGGGACGAACUUUGCCACAACGCUGCCGCCGCGGAUGCAGCAGGAGGUUCUCGAGGCUAUCGUUGAGGCUCUGAACUUGCCUUAA